AUGGAAAUUACUAAAAUGAAAUCUAUCAAUAUUUAUGAAUAUCAAAUUGUUAGCGGUGGAGGAUCUUAUGAUGAAGUAAGUGAUAGCAUGAAAAUACUGAAAUAAAUGAUAAAUUUAGGGGGAUCAUUAAGUAAUUUCUCUAGGUGGAAGAUUUUGUUCAGAGAAAAAUUUAAUGAUUAAUUUGAUUAGAUGGGAGGUGGAUCAUAUGAUAACAGUUAUAAUUGUUGUAAGAAAGGAAAAUGGAUUGUAAUAAGCGACAUGUUUAUAAGUUAUUCUUAAAUAAUUUAUGAUGGUGAAUAUCAAAUAACAAGAAAGAUGGUAGAUGGAAAUCAAGUUUCGGGAGGAUGCGAAGUCACCAUUUUCAUGAAUGUAAUAAGAUUAAGUAUUAUAAUUUUUAGAGGAGGUGGAUCAUAUGAUGAAGAGGGUAUAAAAAUCGAUCAGUACACAGAGAUAAGUAGAUUUUGGAGGGGAUUCAUAAGUUAUUGA